CUGCUGUCCAACAUGUGUGAGAUCCGUUCAUGCUUUGUGAGCUCUUUGUGGACCAUGGCUUCUGCAGUUGGAUGCAACCAAGAAGAUGUCAGUGACCUUCUCUGAAUGGAAGUGGAUGCCGUGGUGUCUCCAGCGGAUGGCGUCUCGGAGGAUAAAACCCUGCUUCUUAUUCUGUCGGUCAUAAUCUUCUUUCUUGACUCCGGAGUUGGAUUCCGGCAGAAAGCUACCACUGAAAUUCGGUCACCUUAAAGGGGGAGGUACUUCUCCAGACCCCUAUCGGGCACCAAGGGAAUCACAGAGGCAUCAAUCUGUGUGGGCUAACAGCUAAGGCUGCGUGCUGUCUUCUGAUCCGGAGUCAUGGCCCAGUUUUCCGGUUCAUCCCCUGUGCAAGUACUGGAGAAUGUGUCAGCUAAACUGGGCUGCAGUCCCACUUCCGACCAAGUGGCCAAGUACCUGGACGACCACGAUGACCUGCGACAUCUCAGAGACCAGUUUCUGGUGCCCAAAGUGGCGGAUCUCCGUCCAUCGGAUAGCUGUGCUGCUGCUGAUGGUGCUGAAGAGUGUGUUUACUUUGCGGGAAACUCUCUGGGACUGCUCCCCAAAAUGACCAAGAAGUAUCUGGACGAGGAGCUGGAGAAAUGGGCUAAAACGGGCGUUCACGGUCACCUUCAAGGUUCUCGGCCGUGGGCCUGGGCUGAAAACAACAUUGAGGAAAUGAUGGCCAAGGUCGUCGGGGCCAAAACUGAAGAAGUGGCGCUGAUGAACGGCUUGACAGUGAACUUACACCUGCUACUACUCUCCUUUUACAAACCCACGGCUGCGCGGCACAAAAUUCUGCUGGAGGACAAAGCCUUCCCCUCUGACCACUAUGCUGUGGAGUCUCAGAUCCAGUUGAAAGGAUUUGACCCCAAGCAGAGCAUGUUGCUGCUGUCACCCAGACAGGGGGAGGAGACUUUAAGGACAGAGGAUAUCCUGGAGCUGAUUGACAAGGAAGGGGACUCCAUUGCUGUGGUGAUGUUCAGUGGAGUACAGUAUUAUACUGGCCAGCUCUUUGACUUGGCUGCCAUCACUGAGGCUGGCCAAAGGAAGGGCUGUUAUGUGGGGUUUGACUGCGCUCAUGCGGUUGGCAACGCUGUGCUAAAACUACAUGACUGGGGGGUCGACUUUGCCUGCUGGUGCUCUUACAAGUAUGUGAACUCUGGAGCCGGUGGACUUGCGGGAGCGUUCAUCCAUGAGAAGCACACACACACCAUCAAACCGGCUCUCUUAGGUUGGUGGGGGCAUGACUUGAAAACUCGUUUCAAGAUGAAUAAUGUGAUGGAGCUCCAGCCGGGGAUUAGUGGUUUUAGGCUGUCAAACCAACCCAUUUUACUUGUCUGCCCACUGCAAGCUAGUUUAGAGAUAUUCAACAUGACUAGUAUGGAGGCCUUGCGGAGGAAGUCUGUUCUCCUGACGGGCUACUUGGAGUAUCUAAUCCAACACUACUACAGCCAGGACCCUGACCAGCCCCACAAACCCUAUGUCAGGAUCAUCACCCCCUCUGACUCCCAGCAGAGAGGCUGUCAGCUGUCCCUGUCCUUCUCCCUCCCUAUACAAGACAUCUUCCAAGAACUGGAACGGCAAGGGGUCGUGUGUGACAUGAGGGAGCCGAAUGUGCUGCGUGUCGCUCCGGUGCCGUUGUACAACUCCUUCAGAGACGUCCACUGCUUCGUACACAUCCUGGGGUCAGCACUCACUGCCAGGAAGUGACAUCAAUAGGAAUGAGGAAGGUGCUACAUCUUGAAAAUGUUUAUUGCUAUGCUCUGCGAAGUAAUAAAAGGCUGCAAAAUAACUUUGACACUCUGUUUGGUAUUUUUGGUCAAAAGAAAUACCCAAUGGAGAUAUAAAUGCAUUACAUAUGUUGGACACAGCAAUGAAAUGUGUGAAGGAAACUGUGCACAUGGUUGUUUCUGGAGAAUUUAGGGAGUGGAGUGUGAGGUCUGUUUUUUUCUACAAAGUUCCUAAAUUUUGAAAAUGCAAAGUGGUCAUAGUGAUUGCUUGUUUUUAA